GCCCAGUGCUCCCGGCCUACGGUCUACAAAAUGGACUCGUCGCCCAUAGCCUCAUAGAGCAGUCCACUACCCGAAAUGGGAAGUCUGAAGACCAAUAACCUUGCUAGGACACUUUUCGGCCCGCGACUAGUAUCAAGAAGCCCUUGCUUAAUCCCAGAGUCGAUCGAGAACACGACGGUCUAGAGGGCUAGCACUGAGCAAGUCGCUUGCGGUUCGCGACCAUACGACAAACAAAAUUGAGCUUCCGAUACGGAAAAUGUGAUCAGCGGGUCUAUACCGACUACCGCUCGCUUCACGGCUCUGCUACUGUAACUAUAUAACACGAGACCACUUGUAAUUCUCUAGCAGCUAAGGUGUGUUCUUCUAACUAUUGCCAUUCGUUCAUCCAUCAAAUCCGAACAUUCGUUAACAUGUUCUUCACUUCCGCCAUCGUAGCCCUUCUGGCCGCCACUGUCUCCGCGUUUCCCGCGGCCGGCCCAGCUGAAGCUGAGGGAGCACUCAUUGCCCGCCAAAGUUCCUCCUCAGACGAGCUAGAGAAUGGUUCAUGUCGCCAGGUGACAUUCAUUUUCGCUCGUGGCUCGACUGAGACGGGCAAUAUGGGCACUGUGGUAGGGCCUCAAACCUGCGCGGCUUUAAAGAGUCUGCUAGGUAGCGAGAACGUUGCUUGUCAAGGCGUCGGUGGACCUUAUUUGGGGACUCUGAUUGCAAACACCUUCCCUCGAGGCACAUCCGAUGCUGCCAUCCAAGAAGCCAUCCGCCUCUUCACGCUCGCCAACACCAAAUGUCCUGAUACUAUUGUGACGAGUGGAGGCUAUUCACAAGGAACUGCAGUGAUCGCGGCAGCUCUCUCCGACCUCACAACGCAAGCUCCCGCCGUGGUUGAUCAAGUCGCGGGCGCUGUGCUCUUUGGGUACACCCAUAACAAGCAGAAUGGAGGCCGGAUUCCGAACUAUCCGACAGAGAAGACGAAAGUAUUUUGUGCACCGGGGGAUGUUCUGUGCGACGGACUGCUGCUGGUCUUGCCUCCUCACUACACGUACGGCAGCGACGCUGGUUCAGCAGCGGAGUUUCUGGCCCAGCGUGUGGCCAUAGCAUAAGAUCAAAAUUGGUGUGCUUUGACAGAAGAUAUACCAAACCUAAGCUCAUUUGACCGAUCCUUUUUGGGAGCACUGGAGCAAGUGACUGCU